AUGAAUAAUUGCACUGGGGGAAAAUGCACUAUUGAAAAUGCGUAUCACAUUCUGUUAAAUGAAAUAAAUUCCCUUUCAUCAAGUGAAGGUUAUUUUGACAUUUUCUGUUCAGAAAGCAAAGGAAAACAUAUUCACUCUAAAAAGGACAUUCCGAAUGGUACAAAUUUUUUCCAGGAAGUACCUUAUGUUUCAUGGCCGAUUAAAACUUCAUUUGGAAAACUCGAAGAUCUAAUUUUUUGUGAGAAUUGUCUAAAGAUUAAUCACCCAGAUAAUAAAGAUGGCUUUUUAUCAUUAAGUAUACUUGGAUUAGAACAAAGGAUUUGCAGUAAAUCUUGUUUCAAAAAAAUAUCAGGAGUUGAUUUUGAGGAUUAUGAUCCAAACUCCUCCUCAAUAAAAAGCGGAUGGGGAUACUAUAUGAAUGGUACUAAGGGGAUUUCAACCCUUAGAAAGUAUCAAAGUUCUGUAGAUAUUAUGGGGAACAUUCCAAUAACAGCGGAAGCAGUAUCUCGUUGUGUUGCUCAAAUGGCCGCAGACAUUUACUUUUAUUGGUGCAAAUUGGGUAUGAAGAACGAAAAUUUGUAUCAUGCAUUUAAAUUAGGAACUAAACCAAUAGAAAAUUUUGUAGCACCCUCUGCCACUUUGUUCCCCGAAAUUGAUUUCAACUCUCUUAUUAACUGCAUUCAUAGUGUACUCUUUGAUCCAAUGAAAGAUUCAUUUUCGGAUAGUUUUAUAAUUGAUUCAUUGCUUAGUAAAACGACAAUUGAACAAUUAGUUGGCCAGCUUACUCUUAACUCACAAGGAUUGAAUGUUUGGGGCAUUCAUAGUUCCUCAGAAAAAUUUGAUGUUUUGCUUGAUUGUAAACCUACAAUCGGAAUAAUAAAAGGUGGGUGUAUAUGCGUAAUUCAGUCAUGCUUUAACCAUAGUUGUGACCCAAAUUGCUAUGUGCAUACUUUAGAUGACAGUACUAUAUAUGUGACUGCAAAUAAAGAUAUUUUAAAGGGAGAGGAGCUUACUAUUUCUUAUAUUGAUAAUACUCUUCCAUUGGUUGAUCGGAGAAUUCUUAUCAAAAAUUAUCAUUUUACUUGUAAUUGUGUAUUAUGCAAAAAAGAAGAAAGAUCAAAUCAAACUGAUUCUGAAAAGAAGAAAAGGUUAGAAUGA